UUCUCGUACAGUGUGUGCGCUGUCUGUGUCCGUAAUCUGAAAUCAGCGAGGAGCUGCUGAUCGUGUUAAAGCUGCGGGUUUGGGGUUUUUAAAGAGUAUCUGUUAAAUGUUGGGGGGCUGUUUGUGGAGUAUGAGCUGUCCUUAUUAGCGCUGCCAUGGAGGGAGUUCUGUACAAGUGGACCAAUUAUAUAAGUGGCUGGCAGCCUCGCUGGUUUGUAUUAGUUGGCGGCACACUUUCAUACUACGAUUCUCAAGAAGAUGCUUGGAAAGGAUGCAAAGGCAGCAUCAAGAUUUCUGUGUGCGAAAUACAAGUGCAUCCAUCAGAUUUCACAAGAGUGGAUCUGACCAUACCAGGAGAGCAGUAUUUCUACCUCAGGGCCAUCAAUGCAGCAGAGAGACAGAAAUGGCUGGUAGCGUUAGGAAGUGCAAAAGCCUGUCUGACAGACAAUCGGACCAAGAGAGAGAAGGAACUACAGGAGAACACAGAAGCACUGAAAACAAAGAUGUCUGAGCUGAGACUCUACUGUGACCUUCUUCUUGAGCAAGUGAACAAAAUCAAAGAGAAUCCUUUGGGUGAAGAGGAAUCAGGCUCUACAGAAACAGGGAAUGAUUCAGGCGCUCUGGUGAAGUCUACAUGCACCACCUUUCUGAAGACUCUGGAGGACUGUAUGCAGCUCGCCAGCCGGACCUUCAGUCCUGAUGUAAUUGGCCAUAGCCCACCAGGGUCACCACCUGUUGCAGCAGUCAAACCUCAGAAGAUCAAACCUCUUAACCAAACAAGUCGCCAUUCAGAGGACAAACAGAAGGGUUCAGUAAACAGCUCACCAAGAGCAUCAGCACGUGAGGGUGUGGGGAGUGAAUCUGAGCGAAGACCCCCGUCUCCUCCACCAGAGAACACACCCACAGUAUGCGUAACAGAGAACAGUAUGGCAGAGGAGGAGAACGAGGACCAACGGGAGGUUGAGGAUGCUACUUCCUCUACCCUGCAAAGUGCUCCUGAGGGUGAGCAUCCCAGAGAGGAGGCAAAAGCAGACACAUGUCCAGAGGAAGUAGAUAAUGCCCAAGAGGAAGUCCGUUCUAGCUCCAGACAGAGCCGAGAGCAGCCAGCCAGUGAUCAAAAGGAAGUUGUCCCUGAAGACACUGAGCUCGAGUCACAGGGUAAAAAGGAGGAAGAAGAUCAGGUGGAAACAUUCUUCAGUAGUAUGAGCCACAGAUUUAGUGAUAUAAGACUGGAGGACGGCAGUGGUAUCCCCACACAGGCCUUUUUGGACUCUUGCUAUGCUAUAGUGCCAGUAUUAGACAAGCUGGGACCAACAGUCUUCGCUCCAGUUAAAAUAGAUUUUGUGGGGAACAUUAAGAAAGUCCAGCAGAAGCUUCAGUCGGACCCUGAGAGAUUCCCCACACUUCAGAGCAUUGUUCUGUAUGAAGUGGAAAUGGAGGUGGCUCAAGUGCGGAACUCGGCCACCGAAGCUCUACUGUGGCUGAAACGAGGGCUGAAGUUCCUCAAAGAGUUCCUGUCUGAGCUGCACUCUGGAGAGCAGGACGUCCAUGCAGCACUGAACAAUGCCUAUGGAAAGACACUCCGGCAGUAUCAUGGAUGGGUUGUACGAGGAGUUUUUGCUCUGGCUCUGAGGGCAGCUCCUUCCUACAGUGGCUUUAUGGCAGCGCUGGUGUCUAAUGAAGGUGAUGAGCUGAGGGAGUGCUUCACCACCUGCAUGCACCGAGACCUGACCAUCUACCUGCCUGCCAUGGGGAACCAGCUGUCUAUCCUGGACGCUCUGUACGAGGAGUACGGCCUGGAGUCCGAUGAGGUGGUGUGAGACGCUCACCAGCACACACAGGCAUGCGGGCAAAUCCAAGCUCAAGCUCAGCUGCUCAGUCUGUUGAGCAGAGAUCGCUCUCUGUGUCAGAUCCUGAUGUCCUGUGCUGCUGAAGGCAGAGAGGCUUGGUCCACUGGGAUAAAGCAAACUGCAAGAAGGCUGGGCUUUAAUCAAUAGCAAUAUUGCCCUGGUCCUGUAUGAUCAAAGGUGAAGUCACCUAAACUCUCAGUGGUGUAAGAGGGGCCAAGAUUUGUACGUCUCAUAGACUGUGAAGGUUCUUUCAGGGAACAGCUACUAAUAUUCUCUAACCUUCAGAACAGGUCUGUGGCUGACUGUGGUUUUCUGGAGUUUUCUGGUCUCUGGGUUCUCUGUUGUUUUUGAUAGGCCUUAGGCCUUAGCGAAUUCUCUGAAACGGCAUUUUAAAAAUGUUACUGAAUAGUUUUUUUUAUGCAGAUAUCAUACACAUAUGUGGCGAGUAUACAGAUCGGUCAGCAAGUAUACAAAUCACAGUAUUUGUGUUUGUGCUCUUCAUGCAGUUUAACAUUUACACUCAAAAUACUCAUAUUUUAUGUACUUUUAUUUAUAUUUUAUACAUUUUUUGCAGUACAUUUUUUAUUUGCAACCAUUGACUUCAAUAAGCCAAUUACAUAAAGUAAUGUAAAAAAAAGGACACCCCAUAAAAACCUUUGCCUUUUUUAAACAUAUUUAAUUGAUUUGGACAGCAGUUUUUGAUGACAGAGCUGUGGGUCUUUAACCCUCAUUUCUCUCCGGGGCCUGCAUUGACUGUUUUCCUUUACUCCAGGCAUGUGUGUUCAAUAUGGCCCAAUCCUAUUUCUCUUUUGUACCCCUACCCCUUGUUUUCCAGUGUAGACUCUGUUUCAAGGGGAAGGGGUGAAAUCCUCCCCUAAGAAUUGGGUCAACCCAUCAAGCAUCUGAUACAGAUAUAUAGCUCUGGAAACGAUUAGACCGCUUCAGUUUCUGAAUCAGUUUCUCUGAUUUUGCUAAUUAUAGGUCUAUGUUUGAGUAAAAUAAACACUGUUGUCUUCUUUUAUAAACUACAGACAACAUUUCUUCCAAAUUCCAAAUAUAAAUAUUGUCAUUUAGAGUAUUUAUUUGCACAAAAUGAGAAAUGGCAGUUCAAUGGAAGUUCAUAUUCAUAAAGGUUUAAGAGUUUAGAAAUCAAUAUUUGGUGGAAUAAACCUGAUUUUUAAUCACAGUUUUCAUGCAUCUUGGCAUGUUCUCCUCCACCAGUCUUACACACUGCUUUUGGAUAACUUUAUGCCACGCCUGGUGCAGAAAAUCAAGCAGUUCAGCUUGAUUUGAUGGCUUGUGAUCAUCCAGCUUCCUCUUGAUUAUAUUUCAUAGGUUAGAAUUUGUUAAAAUCAAAGAAACUCAUCAUUUUUAAGUGGUCUCUUAUUUUUUCUAGCGCUUUAUAGCAGUUAAAGCAACCUAGCUGCGGGUUAGCUAGUUAACUUUAGGGCUUCGCAUGUCUCCAGAAAUAAGGCUUUGUGGUGCAGCAAUUAAUUAUUUAAUUAAUUUUCAUCUUAAAUGCUGCAGCUUCUGCCAUCUGUUGCACCAUUUAAGGUGGAACUAGAACAUUAGCCAGCUAGCCAUCUACUGAGAUGAACUACUAGCUAUUUGUUUUAUACUGAUAUUAAGAACAUGGCCAUAAAAUAUUAAAACUACACAUUAAACAAUAGUAAUGUGCCUAGUGUCUAGUAUAUCUAGUGGUUAUCAUAAUUUUUAAUGAGGAAAAUACUCAAAUUUGUUGGGAGUUUUUGGUCGCUUGUGCCGCUAUCUUGCCAGUAAUUCUCAUAGGCUUCUGUUUUGAGUGUGCCUCUAAAAAAUCUCUAUUAAAAGAGUUAUGUAGCUCUAACAUUCCCCUCUCCCCCUCAAGUCUGUAUAUGUGUUUGACUGUCCAUGUAUUUUAAUAUGUUUCAAAAGACAAUUGAUACUUUGGGGUGUCCAAUUUUGUUACGAUUAUACUAAAAGCAAGCACAAAUUACGAAUAUUCAUCUGGUUUCUGUGAGUCAGACAAAGGUCCAUCAUUAUUUCUUCUGUUACAUGGCCUCGAAUAGACUACUAACACUAAACAAACUUGAUCAUUACAUUCCCAAUGUGCACACAUAUAUAUAUAUGUAUACACACACACACACGACGCAUCACAGGGUUUACCUAAGACUGGCCAGAUGGACCAAAGACAAAACGAUGAAAAAUAUAAAUAUACAUUUUUCAAAACCUUUACUUUCUUUAACGUGAUUUCUCUUUAGCACAUUUAUUUAGCAACAUUAUUUAUUAAGUUAUGUACUUCAGUAAGAAUCAUGCCUUACUCAUGUUUACUCGUUAAUGUAGCCUCAUGAACAAUUCGGUGCAUGGUGUAUUGCAUGGGUUUGGUUCAUUUUUGUUUGUGUCAAAUGAAGAUGAAUGAACUCUGAUUUAAAAAUUUUACUAAUUAGUUAUAAACUGGCUAGUUAUGCCUUAUAGUUUAUACUUGAACGCUUACUAUGGCUGUGCAAGACGUCCAAUCACAGCUCUUAAUUCCCCUUGCUUAGGAAACACAGUAAUGAUCCUAAACGGGUUUGUACUGCAGCAGAUCACAUUCCGUUUAUCUGUGUUGUUACACAUAGCGGUCACUUUAUUUGGCAUAUUUAGUUUAUAGCUGUAUAAACUGAAUAGGCUUAUAUGUAUUACAUUUUUUUACAGUUAGCUUUAGGUUUUAAUGCACACAUCUUUGGCACUGGGUGCUUCUGAAUUGCCUGGCUAGUGGCUGUUUUUAUACACUGUUACGCAUAGUUUAUCAUAGGCAUUCUGUCAGGAAUUACCUGUUGUGAUAUUUAAUGUAUUUAUAGGCAGAUUUUUGUACCUAUAACACUGCUAGGGAAGGCACACUGCUCUGCCCAAUCAGCUCUCCCUUCUGCCACGCCCCUAAACCCAUACAUCACCCAGUGCCCCUCCCAAACUUCUCUUCCCCUUUUUUUUUUUUUU